AUGGGGAACGUAUUGGGGGAUUUCUUCGGCAAGCAGCCGCCGCCGCCUAUGGUGCUCGUCCCGCCGCUCUUCGAUUAUCCUCCUCUCGCCGCUCGCACCAGGAUGUUGGAGUCGUCAUAUGACUUGUUGUUUGGGAAGCUUGCUUUGGAAGGUCUGUUUCAGGAUUACUUUGAACAAGCAAGGCAUUUCAACACAAUGAUCAUGUUAAAGCCGAUUGAUGACCCUCAUGUGGAUUUAGUUGCAACGCUCUCUGGUCCGCUUGAUCACAAACCUGAGGAGACCAUUAAUGGGAAUGCAUUUUUCCGCUGGCAAAGUGAUGUUCAUGAUCCUCACACAUUCGUGGACCUCUUCGUAUCAAACUCAGAUCCGGUUUUGCAGAUGAGGGCAUGUGCUUACUACCCAAAAUAUGGAUUUGGAGCAUUUGGUGUUUUCCCACUGCUGCUCAAACAAAGUAGAAUAACAUCUGAGGACUUUGGUGUUAUGGGAUUGAGAUACGGGUCAGCAAACUUAUCUAUUGGAGCCACAGUCAUGCCUUUCUCUGUGAAAGAUGAUUUGCCAAGAAAGGCGUGGUUGGUGAUGAAGAUGGGUAGUCUAACUGCAGGUGUGCAGUAUGAGCCAGAAUUUGGGAGCAAAGAUGGACAAAAAUACAAAGACGUGAAGAAUUGGAGUGGUGCAAUUGGGUAUGGAGUGGGAUCAGAUAGUCCUUUGAGUCCAUCGUUCAAUUUUGGUCUCGAGCUUUCGAGAAGUAAUCAGUUCAUUGCCUCAUUCUAUCAACAUGUGGUGGUCCAAAGACGGGUGAAAAAUCCCCUCGAAGAGAAUCAAAUUGUUGGGAUUACGAAUUAUAUCGAUUUUGGCUUUGAAUUACAAUCAAGGCUUGAUAGGUUUGAUGAUACCAAAUCAUCAGACGAUGAAUCAAACUCAAACAGAGUACCAGAUCCUAAGAAUAUACCAGAUUCCACCUUUCAAGUAGCUGCAUCUUGGCAAGCCAAUAAGAACUGUUUGCUGAAGGGAAAGGUGGGCCCUCUCAGCUCAUCGCUAGCAUUCGCAUUCAAAUCAUGGUGGAAACCUUCUUUCACGUUCAGCAUUUCAGCUGUCCGAGAUCACGUUUUUGGAAAUACAGCUUAUGGUUUUGGCAUUCGUGUUGAGAAUAUCAGACAAGCCAGCUACGAAAGAGCCGAUCCAAAUUUUGUAAUGUUGACACCAACUAAGGAGCACCUGGCACAAGGUAUUGCAUGGGAAGCUGGGAAACGACCGAUGCUAGAGUCAAAUAUAAAUGCUGGAAACUUUGAUGGCGUACCAAUGGAAUUAAGACCCUUGCGAAAGAUUCUGUAACUUCGUCUCGUGAAUGGCUUAUUCACAGAAGUCUAUGGAGUUGCAACUAAUCAAAUGCUCAAAGACAGGAUUUUUUUCACAAAUGGAAAUUUCCACCGAGCAUUUUAAAGCCAUGUUCUCAAUACAUAGGGAUACAAUCAUGAGUUUUCUGAAUAUGGUGAUCCUUCUGGAUUACUCUCAGGAGAGUCUAAUCUAAUGAAAUUGUUCUUUAACUGCAUCGGUAGCUUUCACAGGUGAAAAAUCGUUCACUUUUCACCCAUUGUAAUUUUCCUUUUUACAUCAUUACAUCAUGUACCAAAUCCGAUUUAGAAUUGUCGAUUAGGAUAAGACUUCUGGUGUGGGUUUUUAUAA